UUAGUGAUAUCCUUGGAGUCUGUCUGUGCUACUUUGAGGGAACCAGAGAAAGAGAAAGAGCCCUUUGCAGCAUGAGAGAGCCCCCAAAGCUCUGGAAUUUACCUCCACUUUAAUAAUACUGAAUAUUUUUUAGCAUUAGAAUGUGUUAAUGUUAUUUGAAUUAAUUUUGACUACACUUUGGCUUGGGAUAGUAAUCAUUUCAAAUAAACACUGGUACUUUUUGAACUUGAUAGCUUAAAGAUUCUAAACUGCAUGUUUUAUACUGUUCAAUUUUCACCAGUUAUGAAACCAGUGACAGUUACUUUAUUUUUAUAUGGAUUUUGUUUAGGCUGCAAUGUUUAGCUUUUGUAACUCCUUACUCCUGCUAUCUGAAAGUUUAUUUCUGUGUUUAAUGGCAUAUUUGCUGAGAAAUUAAGCAUGUAAAAACCAGGUUUUGAUUUUUUUUUCCUGUUGUAUUUUUUUAACAGCUUCAUAUUGAAGCUGAGAUUUUUACCAUAUCCAAGUUGAGUGCAAGCCUGGUGUGCUGGAUCUUGUUACAUAAAGCUAUUGCCAGAAUCUUAGUAAAUAUGAUGUUUUAAAAGUUUGUUGUCUUUGUAUAUUAAUAACAUGAUGACAGGUUAAACAACUACAUUACUGCUCCUCUUGUGUCAUAUUUUACUAAAGGUUUGUGCCUCAUAUCUUUUGCUGAAUUGUUUACUAGUAAUGUUAAAAGGAAUUGAUAAGUCAUUUUCACUUUACAUUUUUAUAUAAUCAGGUAACAUGAUAUAUAAUUUGUACAUUUAUGCCUGUUAUAGAGGUUGUGGUAACUAUAAUGGUAUAUGCACAAGACGUUUUGGCAUGCAUGACAAGAGGCUGAAUAAAUAGCUAUUUUACCUAAAAUAGCUUUGUUCUUACAUCAAUUCCCUUUGGGGUCACGAUUAAAAUUAUAAAGGUAGUAAACACUACUGCGAAGUGUUAAGUGUUACAAAAGUCAUGGCACACGUUUUAGCAGUAAAAUAGCAUAGUUCUUUAACAUAUUUCUUAGUGGGGUUCUUAGUUUUAUGCAGAGCUUCAUAUAGCUUCUAUUUCCUAAUAAAAGAUCAUCUCUUAUCUUUUCGAGUAACUAAUUUGGAAAACAUUUGUAUCCAAAAGAAAGUUUCUCAAAAUUGUUUUCAUGAGAAAGCUCAAAGUGACAUUCAUCCAGUUAUUUGUGGGAUAGUUUCCUGUGUACAUGAAAGCAAAGGCUUGCCAAGUGACCCUGUAUGUGCUGGUCAUUGCAUCUUAGUUGAAGCUACCCAGGGACCCCUGAUGACAGUUGCCAAUUGCAAGGUCAGCACUUCCAAUCUACCUGUCACCCUCUGGACAAAGAUGAGGCGCUCUGCUCCCAUGAAGCCGUACAGUCUCGGAAACCCACACGGGCCAGUUGUGCGUUGUCCUUUGGGUUGCUCCGAGACAGAAUCAGCUCGGCAGUGAGAAGCAACCAGGUUUAGACUGGCAGAGAAUGUGAUUCAGUGAGACGCUCUGUGGAAAACACCUUGUUCCUCAGAUUGCAUGUGUCACAAUCUCCCAGUAGAGUGUGGAAAGAAAAUUUAACAGGGCCGUACUGUUUGCACUACGGGCUAUUCCAAAGUUAUCACAAGCAAGUUAAUAACAUGCUCUGCUUCCAGCCCACCAGUACACAUGUUUUCUUGCAUAAUUUUGCCAAUCAUUUUAGAAACACAAAACCCAUUGCUGUUGAGUUCAUUCUAGCUCUUGGCAGCCUUGAAAGACAGUGGAGUUGUCCCAUGGAAUUCCCAUGUCUGUAAUCUAUACAGAAACAGACCGCAAACCUUUCCGUUAAGAGUCACUGCCGAACUAUUGUGCCAUCAAAGUUCCUUUUUUUUCAAAGUUCUUUAAAAAUUGGUCAACCCCAAGAAGAAAUUAAGUGUCGGAGUUGCUAUAUGUUACAGAUUUUAAUGACUUGAAUGAAAUUAUUCCAUUUGUUCUAGGUGGUAGCAACGAUUGUGUAUUUUUUCAGUGGUUGAGAACCUUCUCUUGUUGCUGGGAGGCUGCAUGGGAACAUUCUGUUCCGGGUAGGGACCCAGGAGCUCUAGAACCAGUGGCAACCCACGAUGCUAAGCCUCAGAGCUGGGCUGCCUGGGAAGUCUGUCCUGUGUUGGAGUCAUACUUGACAUGGACCAGAAGGCUUUGAAGAAGCUGGUGGAAUCCAUAAGUAAAACUGUCAAGAGUUUCCAAAAAAGUGAAAUUGAGUGUCUCCUAAGACUUUUUAACAGCUUGGUGAAAAGAAAUGGCAAAAGACUUGAUAAGAAUGGGCUAGACCAUAGUGCUUUUCGAGGGAUCCUGCACAACGUAUUUGGAAUGACUGAUGACAUGCUCUUGGAUAGAGUGUUUUUUGUAUUUGACAAAGAUUGUGAUAGCCGCAUCAACGCGAAUGAGUGGGUUAAAGGAUUAUCAGUGUUUCUUCGGGGGACUUUUGAAGAAAAGUUAAAGUUCUGUUUUCAAGUCUACUAUGUGGACGGCGACGGCUCCAUUUCUCGAGAGGGUGUGUUUGACAUGUUGAAGAACAGUCUCCACCAACACUUCUCGGAAGGAGAGAGCGAAGAAGGGAUAAAAGAGCUGGUGGAAAUAACAAUGAAGAAAAUGGAUUAUGACAACGAUGGCAAGAUAUCUUUCACAGACUUUGAAAGAGCAGUCAAAGGAGACCCGCUUUUGUUGGAAGUGUUUGGACCAUGCUUACCAACUGCACAGGUACAGCUAAGUGUCUCGAUUUUGAAGCCCGGACAUUCAGAAGUAUCAUCACUUCUGAUUUCUGAGUACGGAUCACAGGCCUUCACUUCACUUGAUGUUGAGGAACUUUCCACAUCAUUGAGAAAACCACAGAGAUACCCUGGCUCCCUACUUUAUUUAUAUUGCGAAGAUCCUACAUUGGAUUCGCUUUGUUGACAUGCAAUUGUAAUGUCAGAGGUAAUGUUACAUAACAAUAUUAAGAUAUUUAACACGAAAAUAAGGAAUGACGGGAUAUAAUUUCAAAAGAUGACAGUAUGUAUUAAAUAAACAGCCUGAAUGAAACUACAAAAAAGAGUGCAUCAAACAACACCAGCAGUCAAACCUCUACGGGAAUUAAAAUGGGACAUUAAAAAUUGAAAAAUAAAUAUUCCUUUUAGAAAACAUUAA